CCCUUAUAUAUAUAACAUAAACAAAUUGUUUCUCUCUAACUUCAUCAUCUUAUCUGAUUCAGUCGCAAGAAACAGACAAACAGAGACAGUGUCUUUACGCUAAAGAAGAGGCAAUACACGAAGGAAAAAAAAAACUUUUUUGGCGAGAAAUGGGGAAACACAUGUUCCGAUCAUCUCCGCCGAAGGGAACGACGCCGUCUCCGGAGCGUCACCAGACGCUCGCCGAAUCAGCCAUGGAGGAGAGCAUGGAAGCUGUUCACUCUGUGACUAGCAAAUGGGCCUCUUCUUCUUCUUCUUCUUCUUCUUCGGGGUCAGAUCGUGGUUUGAUUUCUACUCCCUUUUCUUCUUCUCCUGUUUCUGGAUUUCUAUUCUCUUCGAAUAGUCGCCAGGAGGCAGCGGAAUUCGUCGGAGCAGUUAGGGAUUUGCAGAGCACGAUGCAUCGAUUGGUCUCUGUCAGUCCGGCGUCGGAGAAGCUGAUUCGCGCGCAGAGCUUGAUGCAAUCGGCGAUGAAGUUUCUGGAAUCGGAGUUUUACCGGGUUCUGAAGGUGAAUCGGGAGUAUCUGGACCCGGAAUGCGUCUCUGUUCGUUCCCACAAGUCUUGCAGAUUCAGCACUUCGAGUGUUUCCGAUUCCGACGGAGAUAACAGCGUCGAUGGUACCGACGAUGAAGGCGAUGAGAUGAGAUUCGCCGGUGGCGAUUCCGACGCCAUGGAUGACCUGAGGAUGAUAGCCGAUUGCAUGAUUUCCACCGGCUACGCGAAGGAGUGCGUUAGGGUUUACAAAACGGUGCGGAGAUCGAUCGCGGACGAAACGCUGCAUAAUUUGGGGGUGGAGCGGUUGAGUUUGAAUCAGAUUCAAAAGAUGGACUGGGAGACACUGGAAUCGAAGAUCAAAUCAUGGCUGAGAGCCGUGAAAUUCGCUGUCCGUACGCUGUUUUACGGUGAGAGGAUUCUCGCCGACCACGUUUUCUCCGCCUCCUCUGCAAUCGCCGAGUCCUCCUUCACCGACAUUUCUCAGGAAGGAGCACUAACCCUGUUUGGCUUCCCUGAAAAUGCUGCAAAGUUCAAGAGAUUAUCCCCCGAGAAAAUGUUCCGUAUCCUGGACAUGUACGAGGCUCUCGCCAAUCUCUACCCGGAGAUCGAAUCCAUCUUCUACUUCGAUUCAACAGCCGCGGUCAGAUCUCAGGUCAUCAACUCACUCGCCAGACUCGGCGACUCGGUGCGGUGGAUGAUGUCGGAUUUCGAGUCGGCGAUUCAGGGUGACUCCUCCAAGAAGCCGAUUCCCGGCGGCGGAGUCCACCCGCUCACUCGCUACGUCAUGAACUACCUCUCCUUCCUCGCCGAUUACAGCGAUUCCGUCGCCGCCAUCUUCGAGAACUGGCAGCUCCCCGCCUCAUCUCCCAUGCCGGAAUCCCUGUUAUUCUCCGGCGACGCCAACACCGACCAGGACGACAUCUACUCCUCGCCGGCGUCCGUACGAAUCGCUUGGGUGAUCCUCCUCACGCUCUGCAAAGUCGACGGCAAGGCUCAGCCAUACAAGGACGUAGCCCUCUCGUACCUCUUCCUCGCCAACAAUCUCCAGUACGUCAUCAUCAAGGUCCGGUCGUCGAACCUGAAGCUCCUCCUCGGCGACGAAUGGGUCUUGAGGCACGAGGCGAAGGUGAAGCAGUACGCCGAGAAGUUCGAGAAGCUCGCAUGGGGGAAGGUGCUGACGUCACUCCCGGAGGAUCCGAUGGCGCAGAUUUCGCAGGAGGAGGCGAUGGAGAUAUUCCGGCGACUCAACGACGAGUUCGAGUCUGCGUACCGGAAACAGAGCUCGUGGGUCAUACCUGACCCGAAACUGAGGGACGAGACCAAGGUCUCGUUAGCUCGGAAGCUCAUACCGAGUUACCGCGAGUUCUACGAGGGAAACCGGGCCGAGUUGGUCCGAGAGACGUACAAUGAGGGUAUUGUCAGAUUUACCCCUGAAGAUUUGGGAAAUUACCUCUCGGACCUCUAUUUCGGUACCAGGGGCUCGGGCAAUGGUUCAACAGUGGGAUCGGGAUCCGGAUCCGGUUACGGGUCAGGGUCGUCGGCCUCGGGUCACUCGCGGGGCAGAUGAAGCCGUUAAGCGAUAUUUCGCUGAGAUGUUCGCGAUAUAUGUUAAGAGUGAUUAUAUUAUUUUUCAUGUUCCCGUCGUGGAUAAGCGAUUAGAGAGUUAAUGAAAUGAAACCAUGGAAUUUAUUGCAUCA